AUGUUUCAUGUGUGGAUACUGUAACGGUGCAGGUCAUCAUUGCAUGGUUGAUGUCCAGCUGGAGGAAGAAGAGGAGGAAGAAGAAGGAAAAGAAAAAGAAGAAGAAGAGAGGAUUUACAGAAUUAAAGGAGGCAUCGCUGUUUUAGAUCGGCGUUAAGUCCGCUGGCAUCAUGAGUAAAGUACAAGGCGGCAUGAAAUGCGUGAAAUACCUGCUUUUCGUUUUCAACUUCAUUUUCUGGCUGUCGGGCCUGUUGGUGCUGGCUGUGGGACUAUGGCUCAGGUUUGACCCAGACACGGUGGAGCUGCUGACAGGUGACAACGCCCCUGAUACCUUCUUCAUAGCUGUGUACAUCCUGCUCGGUGCAGGGGGGCUGAUGAUGCUCGUCGGGUUCUUCGGCUGCUUCGGGGCUGUGCGUGAGUCUCAGUGUCUUCUAGCAUCAUUCUUCGCUUGCCUGCUGAUUAUCUUUGGAGCAGAGAUUGCAGCUGGUGUGUUUGGAUUCCUCAACAGGGACCAGAUUGUUGAAGAAGUGCAGAAGUUCUACAGCAGCUCCGUCACCUCCACCACCAACGUGAACGGCACAGCGAUAGCAAUGAUUUACCACAAAACUCUCAACUGCUGUGGAGGUUCCACACAAGAUCCCAACCUGUGUCCAGAGGAAGAGGCAGAGAAGAAGGACUGUCUCACUGCCAUAAAAGACUUCUUCAAUGAAAAGCUGCACAUCAUCGGGUACAUUGGCAUCGGUAUAGCCGGUGUAAUGAUUAUCGGUAUGAUCUUCAGUAUGGUCCUGUGUUGUGCCAUCAGGAACAGCAGAGAGGUUAUAUAGACGGGGGGGGAGUUCGCCCCCUCCCCGUCCUCCCACCUCACCUCCUCUGCAGCCAGUCCGCUACAAAGUCACUCGACCCUUCGUAAUCAACCCCAUCUGAAUAAGAAGGGACAAAAACCUCCAUUUUGUUUCACUGAUCACCAAAUAUCCAAAUUUUCCGAGUACGUGGACCAAAUUGAACACGAUACGCUGGAUCGAUGUAUCUUCACGCCUCCUGAACUCCACCAGCACUGAAACCAUGAAUCGUCUCUCUUUCUCUCUCUCUCUCUAUCUCUCUCUAUCUGUUUUUUUUCCAUAACGCUUGCUCUGCUUUUGGCACAACUCUGUGACAUUCCUUGGUUUUAACAUCCUUUUGUUACACUGCCGGCUCCAGCGAGGCUGCAGCUGCACUGUAGCAACAACACACAUAACAGCCUUCUAUGACACUGGAAUGUUGUGACUGAGGAGUAUUUGCUGUAAAUACAGACCCCUAUUUUAUGCAUUUGCAGUUCAUUAUUAUGUGCCCUUGCUCUUUUUAUGUCAUUUACAGGCCUAAUAAUGCCAACCAUACUUGUGUGCUUAAAUGUUUUGAGGACUAGCCUACCUUUGCAGAAAUUUCCAUGAUGUGCCUAUUUAGCCGCACAGAUAAACCUCCAGCUACUGUAAUAUUUAUCUACUCCUUGUGAUUUCAAUAUGCACAUAACAGCUGUACUCGCUCCCCGCCAUCACUCUUUAAGUAUUCCUACUUUAAAGCACAAUAGAGGACGUGUAGAAAUGAGGGUUAGGACGGGUCUGAUGAUAAACUGCCACUCUGUAAAUCUUCAAACAAAUCCAAAAAAAAAAAAAAAAUACAUCUGAUAAAAACAUCCUGAGCUCUUCUGGAGCAUGUGUACUGUAACAGUGAGCUAGUUUGCAUUUUGUGUGAAAUACUGUGGAUGUAAAUUUUGUUGGUGUGCCAGUAAGAUGUUAAGUAUAGAAUAAUAUAGUUUAUGUCAAACUUUAACCUCAAUAAAACUAUGUAUUUUGUGCUUUUA